UGCUAAAGAUUUAUAUGAAGCAUUAUCUAAUAUAAAUCUUAGCAAUGAUAAUAACUAUCAUGAAGAACAACUUAUUAGUAAAAUACAAAAUGUGAAGUUUUUAGAUAAAGAAGCACUUAACAUUAAGGAAUUGUUAAAUCUUGAUGUGGCUGAUUUUAUAAAUAACUUAGAUAAAAUAGUUUUUAAUACUAACUUUGAAUCUUCUGAAGAAGAAUAUAGUAAUGUUCAAAUUAAUAAUGCUGAGAGCAAUAUUGAUAAAAAAAAUUGGAAUUCUGAAAAGAAAGUUGAUACAAUAUUAGAUUAA